CGACCCUCCCUAUAGCGGCAAUUGAAGCUCCAUUCGGCAGUAUAUAAGCGCUCGCUGGAAGAGGACGGACGGCUUUCUGAAGCCCGCUCCAGGCAGCUGCCUAAUCCUGUUUAUUUUUUUCUUAUCAAUUACCCUUUUUUCCCCAAAAAAAAGCCCCACCUCACCUGGAUAUUUCAUUUAAAUUCUCAUCCGUAUCCACAUGGCGAGUUCGGCCAACUCAAACCCGGUGCCUAAACUCUACAGAUCAGUGAUUGAAGACGUAAUUAAUGAUGUGCGGGAACAGUUCCUUGAUGAAGGAGUGGAUGAACAAGUUCUUAUAGAAUUAAAAACGCUAUGGGAGAACAAACUGAUGCAGUCAAAGGCUGUAGAUGGAUUCCACUCGGAGGAGCAACAGAUUUUAAUUCAGGCGCAACAACAACAGCAGCAGCAGCAGCAGCAGCAGCAGCAGCAGCAUCACCAGCAGCAGCAGCAGCAGCAGCAGCAGCAGCAGCAGCAGCACCAGGCCCAGCAGCAACAACAGACACCGCAAGUGCUCACCAUCCCUGCUAAUUCAGUUUUCUCAUCUUCUCAUAAAUCAGGACCGCAAGUUAUUAUGCAAGACGGGAAACUAAUACAGCAUAUGAAUCCAACUGGCAUGAGCGCAGCUGCCACUGCAGCAACUCUGGCAUUACCUGCCGGUGUUCCAGCUCCUUACCAGCUUUCUAAUGGACCAAUACUAACAAAUACAGGGCAACUGCUGCAGUUUGUACGAACCCCUAAUGGGGCCCACUACUUUAUCCAGCCUCACCAGCAAGUUGUACUGGCCCAGUCGGUCACUCAGCAGCAGGUCAUUCAACAGAUGCAGUCUGGCAGUGUGCAGGCACCUGUCAUACAGCAGAUGCUGGCUCCACUGCCGCCUGGAACCAUCCCUCAGCAGACUGGAGUGAUAAUUCAGCCCCAGCAGAUCCUGGUUGCAGGGAAUAAGGUUCCUUCAAACACACAGGUAAUGCAAGCGACCACCGUUACAGCAACCCCUUCAACACAGGUCGCUCAGACCAACAGCUCUGCCCCAGUUCAGCAACAACAACAGCAGCAGCAGCAGCAGCAGCAGCAGCAGCAGCAGCAGCAGCAGCCACCUUUAGUCAUGCAGGUAGAUGGGUCUGGGGACACCUCUUCUGAGGAGGACGAGGAUGAUGAAGAGGAUGAGUAUGAUGAUGAGGAAGAAGAGAAAGACAAGGAAGAGGUUGGAGAGGACGGACAAGUUGAAGAGGAGCCACUGAACAGUGAAGAUGAUGUGAGUGAUGAAGAGGGCCAAGAACUCUUUGACACAGAAAAUGUCGUGGUGUGCCAAUAUGAUAAGAUCCACCGGAGUAAGAAUAAGUGGAAGUUUCACCUGAAGGAUGGGAUCAUGAACCUUAAUGGGAGAGAUUAUGUUUUUUCCAAAGCUAUCGGAGAUGCAGAGUGGUAAGAAUUCAGAUCUUCCUGAGGAAAAAGGACAGGCUUAUUGGACUGGACUAAUGUGCACUUAAACUGGAGUAUGAAGCCUGCAAGUGAAAAGAAUACAGAACUACUGGAACCCAAGCUACUGAGUUGUACAACACUACAUUACAUGGGGAAAAGCCUUGCCACUGAAAUGGCUAACAUUUUACAAAGAGACAAAGAACAGUGUGCUUAACUAUCAGUCAUACCAUAAUACAGUCACUGCUUGCUGAUUGAUGAAUACAUCUACAGAGCUAACGAGUUUACAAGCUCCAAGACUCUUCCAAGGAGAAAGCAUUUAGAGGACCUGGUCACUGUGCUUUGUGCUAAGUGCUGUCAUUUGAACUGCAUAGAAACUAAAUAUAUAAAAGUUUAAAAAAAAUGUUCUUUUAUAGGGGAGGUUUAUAGUUGGGGGGAGAAAAAUCUUGUAAAUUCAAAUCCCUUCACUCGUAUAGUGAUUGAAUAACUUCCAGAGCCAGGACCAAUGUAUUGUUAAGGUGUAACAAUGGCUGAUAUAUUUUAAAAAAGUAAAACAAAGUUGAUGGAUGACUUUGAAUUGCGAACAGUUUGAUAACCUAGACAUGUAUUCUGUUUACCUUUUUUAUGCUGUGAUUUUAUUACGGUAUGCAAUAUAGUUGAGACAAACUCUUCUAACCUAUUGUUUUCACACCAUACCUGUGAUAAUUUUGAAAGCCCGAUCCCUGAGGCUGAACACACCAAAUUGUGCUCUUAUAUAGUGCUGUUAUCAAGUGUUCCUUUUGCAGGCAUGUUUCAUAGUUUUUUUUCUCCAUGUGGCACAUCAAACUAUACUGUAGAUCAGUGCGCAGCCUAAUUGUAAUUGACAAUUUUUAUUUUGGACUGCCACAUUAGGUUUGAAUAGAAAUCAUCAUUCCUUUUAAUUUUUCUCUGUUUUAUUCCCUUCCUCACCCGCUCCUAUCUGUUUUAUAUAAUGGUUUUCUAAUCUUGUGAAAGACUUUGGAAUUUAUUAGAAGAGUUGAGGGAAUUUACCUUUUCAAAAUGAUGAGAGUGACAUCACUUGUAGCUGUGUUUUCAACAGAGACAGUAUUAUGCGAUUACUGAAAUGAUUCUUGAGGGAAAGGAAGUGGCAAAGUUUGCACAUUGAGUGGUGGAACUUGCAAAAAAAAAGAUGAGCGCCUUUUAAAAGAAAAUUUUAAUUUGCUUUCUAAGAUGAAACCAACCAUUUACAAGUUUUGCUUUUUUUUUUAAAAAUUGAAAAACAAAAGCCUGUACACACGGCAAGUUGGGGGGGGGGGGGGGGGAAGAACAAUUUUAAUUAGCUGAUCUCUUUUCUACUCCCCACAGCUUCUUAGUCAACUGGUGUUGUACAUAAGUGUAAGAGGGAAAUCUAUUUAUUAUGUUUGUAUAAUUCAUCUUGUACCAUUUAAAUCAAGGUUCUUGAUAAAAUAAAGUCAUCUUUGUUUAAGGCCCUGCUUGUAAGACAAUUAGAGAACUUAGUAUUUUCUUGUUCUGAGAUCUAUUUUAAGUUACUUAAAGUAUUUUGCCUUUGCAAAAAUUUUAAUUAAAAACGCCCUUAAAGUUUG